AUGGACGUAAACGAAAUCCAUUUGACGCAUUGCAUGUUGUACGAAUUCAAAAAGGGCAACACGGCUGCGGAUGCGGUUAAAAAUAUUUGUAAGGUGUACGGUGAGCAUACUUUAGACGUAAGCAAGUGUCAACAGUGGUUCUCGAGAUUUCAAAGCGGUAUUCUGAACUUUCCCGAUGAGUCGAGAUCGCUAGAACUCGACGAGGAAGCAUUGAAGGCUCUACUCAAAGUAGAACCACGUUUAACCAAUGAUGAAAUAGCAAAAAGACUGAAUUCUACCUGCACUAAUACGCAUCAAGAUUUAGCAAAGACUGGAAAAUUAUCGAGAUUCGGAAAAUGGAUUCCACACGAACUGUCAGUGCCGAAAUGUAUCCAACGCGUGAACAUUUGUGCUCCGUUGCGAGACCGGAAAUACAAUCAUUUAAACGAAUUGUUACCAACGAUGAAGAAUAAAUUGUAUAAAAAAAUUCCAAACGUAAACGACACUGGAUAA